UUUCUUGACUUCACAUAGAUUUUGAAUUUGGUUUGCUAUGGUAACUGAUAAUCAAGUCAUAAACUCAAUGAUUGACAAAGAACCACAGGUUUUAAUACCUGAUUAUUGGUCGAGUCAUGCUUUAUUUUGUGAAAAUUGAACAUUGUCCAAAAUUCUGGUGUCUAAACGCCACUAGUGGCCAUUUUAGGACUUGGUUGCACAUCAAAAGAAUUGGAAUUUGAUUUGAAAUAUUUAUGAUUGAUUGCACUCCGUAUGGAACUUUUAUUGCUUUUGGUGUAAUUUCGCAUGAAGGAGAUAGACACCCUUCCUAAGCCAAAUAAUAUUUUGUUGAACGUCAGGACAUAUUAAUAAUAGCAUAUGGCCCAUGAACUAUUGCGGUACUUGUGGAACUAAUGGCUUUUAGAAUAUGCUUUGAGGCAUAUUGGAACUCAAGUUCCUUUUUUUCUAAUGUUUAAAUCUUUGGUUUUAAUUGGUUGUUGUGCAUGUGGAUUUCAAUUUCUUUAUCAUUUUCCAUGAUUUGAUUUCUUUUUCCAUACUUUCAGGUGCAGAUUUAUUUUGUAGAGAGACAAAGUUAGGUUUCUAGUGAUGUACAUACUUCUUAUAUUUUGGAUUCCACCUUCUCUUGAGUUUUGUCUUUUAUCUGGCACAGGUCUGACUUUUAAUGGCUAGUGCUUUGCAUAUGCCUCUGCCAGAACCAACUGAUGGUAGUGUAGGAGAUGCAGUGUCUUUGGAACUAUGUACAAGACAGCAGUGCAUAGCUGAGAUCACCGAGAUGAUUCAUGUUGCAAGCCUUCUUCAUGAUGAUGUCUUGGAUGAUGCAGACACAAGACGUGGUAUUGGUUCAUUAAAUUUUAUCAUGGGAAACAAGUUGGCAGUUUUAGCUGGGGAUUUUCUCCUUUCUCGAGCUUGUGUGGCACUUGCAUCCUUGAAAAACACAGAGGUUGUAUCAUUGUUAGCAACAGUAGUAGAGCAUCUCUCGUGCCCAUUGAAGAAUCCAGGCGAUGUCGCCAAGAACCUGCAAAGGAAAAGUGCAAGCGUGAUUGACGUGGGAGCUCGCUGGCCGCAGGACGUGAGCUUUUGUAAAACAACAAAAUUAAACAUCCUCAACUUCCAUUCCCGAUAAAAUUUAUAGUACAUGGAGAGAAAACUUGCACCUAAAUAGGCAACUACAAUCAAGUGAAAGAUUUCGAAAAGUAAAAUCGCAUUCACUCCCUUCAGCCUAAUACAAGGCAACCCUAGUUUGUAUGAUACUAUCACAGGACCAAAAUUUUAGAGGAUUAAAUAGGCAGCAACCCAACCGCUAGCGCUACCCUAUAGCUUACUCACCAGACAAACACACACAAUCACACACCAUACCCAGCCCCACGUCAGCAAACAGCAAUCACCACAAAAUAGAACCGACACGUUGAGGA